GCCGCGUGCUACGAUCUUGGUGCGAAAUCACGCGCCAUGCAUGCUGCUAGCUGCUCCAAUCCAAGCACAGCGCCGCCUCCGCUCGAGCUCUGCUGUAGUGCCAUAUAUCACGCUCGCCACGGGUUGCGCAACGGCGGGCAGAGCGGAUCAAGGCCAAGGCAAUGUCGCCGCGCAUGUCGCUUCCCCUGCUCAUCCUCCUCCUGCUGUCGGGCUACACCGCCCCCUCCCACGCCGUGAUGGCCUGCCACCCCGCCGAUCGCGCGGCGCUGCUGCGGGUCAGGGCGCAGCUGGGCGACCCGGCCCGGCUCUCCGCGUGGCGGCCCUCCGCCGCCAACUGCUGCGCGUGGGACCCCGCCGUGGUCUGCGGUGCGGCGGGCCGCGUCGUGUCGCUGUCCCUCUGCUCCCUCUCCGACGUCUCGGCGCGCGUGCCGCCAGCGCUCGGCGACCUCGCGGCACUCGAGAUCCUCCAGGUCGUCUCCGUCCCGGGCAUGUCGGGCCCCGUCCCGGCGUCCUUCGCCAACCUCACGCGCCUCCGCGACCUCGACAUCAACGGCACCUCCAUCUCCGGUCCCGUCCCGGCCACCCUCCUCGCCGGCGCCGCCAACCUCAGCACGCUCGCCAUCGCCAACAGCAAGCUCGCGGGGCCCAUCCCGGCGUCCCUCGCCGCGCUACCCAACCUCAGGUACCUGGACCUCAGCGGCAACCUGCUCACCGGCGCCAUCCCGCCGGGGCUCCUGCACGGGAGCUUCCGGUUCCUGCUCCUCUCCAACAACCGGCUCACGGGGGAGGUACCCAGCGGCUACGGCGACGGCAUUGACACCAUCGACCUCUCGCGCAACCAGCUCACCGGCGACCCGUCGCCGUUCCUGUCCGGCAUCACGAAGCCGGCGGCCAAGAUCGACCUGUCGUGGAACGGGCUGGAGUUCGACAUGACGGGGGUCAGGUUCCCGCACCACCUCCGGUUCCUGGACCUGAGCCACAACAGGAUCACGGGUAGGGUGGCCAAGUCGCUCAUGGACGUGAGGCUGGAGCACUUCGACGUCAGCUACAACGAACUCUGCGGCGAGAUCCCCGCGGGGAGGUUCAUGUCGGGGCACGGGGCCGAGUGCUACGCGCACAACAAGUGCCUGUGCGGCACGCCGCUGCCUCCCUGCAAUACGAGUAUGUAGGGGUGAUAGUUCGUAGUUCAGCUUUCUGCACGGAUGAUCAUAGUCAUAGCAGUGAUCAUCUACGUCUUUCUCUCUUUUCCUUCGCGACGAAGUGACCGUCGUUAUCUCUGAAUCAUGAAUUCCUAGUUUCCUACAGCGAUCAGUUGGAAAGAUCAUCACGAGCGGCUUGGGGUGUGUGGAGUGGCAUACUACCUUUGGCUGAAAGUGAAAGUGAAACUGCUGUCAGCUAGUACCUCCAGU